AUGGACUACGAACAAGGCGUCGAAUAUUGCGAAAAUCUAAACAUGGCAAUUGCCUCCUUUGGAAGUCAAAAAGAAAAGUUGAUUGUGUUGCGGCAAGCAAGGAGGAAGGUUUCUGAAUCAAAAAACUAUUUCUGGCUUGGCGGCUAUUUUGAUGGGUCGAGGAUUCACUGGAAAGAUGGUAGUCAGUCAGCGGUUUGGGCGACUAAUGCAAAUAUUUCCAAAGGUGCUCUGCUAGGAAAUAUCAAGAAUGACAGGUUGAAGUCGGGUGCAACGGAUUUGAAUAAAUACCAAGUGGCCUGUUUUGGUGUGGAUACGGAAAAACCGCGAUGCGACGUUGGAUGGAUUUAUUAUCCGAAGCUGGCCAAGACCUACUUCCCCCGUCACCUCCGAAUAUCAAAAAGAACUGGAAGCUACAAUAAUCAAUAUGAAACCCAUUCACAAACCCACAAACUUCAUACAUGGAUUGGCGGCAGAAGGUUUGGACCAAAUUCGACGCAUUUUGAAUGGAUAGAUAGCACCGUGUUUGACUUUUCGAAUUGGGAAACAGAACGCCAGGAUGUUUCAAAGAGUUAUAGGACAUAUGUCAAGCUCUACCCUGCACUGUCAUUGCGCGGGAGUGAUGGCCCGGAUACCGACUUCCUGGCCCGCCGAACGAAUUGGGAUGAAGCCGAGGAGAAAUCCAUGGGGUAUAAUGCGAUUUUUGAUGGAAAAGCACAAAAAUCCGCGUUGACAAAAACCAACUGCACCGCCACGCAGACAUUUUGCGUGAAAUACGUUCAGGAUGGAGGGGAUGUCAAGUUAACCCGUCUCGAGUGCGCCGACGUCAAUUUAAAUCCGGAAGAUGAUGCGGCGUGUCAGAAAUCACACGACAACCUGCUGCGAUUC